AUUCCCUAAACUUCAGUUUUAAUAGCUGAUGCUUUAGCCAGGCCACAGUUUUAAUACUAUGCUGGAACAAAAUUCUGCAUACCAUGUUGGUACCUAGGACCAGGAGUCAAACAUGAUUGAUAUUGAAUUUGCCAAUCUGGUUGUGCACAUUGCACUGGAUGACUUCUCAGACAGGUUUUCUGCCAGAAUUUAUUGGGUGUCAGGCUAUGGAACUGACAGUUUCUCAGUCAAGUGUCAACUCUCCAUCAAGGACAUAUGCAAAUGCUAUCUGAAGUCCACUAUUGCAAUUUAUUUUAUCCUGCCCUAACGGGAAUCGCAGGAGACAUCUAGUGGCAAAUAUUGUUGCACAAUAAGGUAAACCAAAUGACUGGUGGUACGUUUUCUGCAUUCAACACUGUUCACAUGAAAAACCACAACACUCAUUAUUUUGGAAUGUCAAGAGUACUGCACAUUGUGGAUGCCUGAACGACCAUAAGGAGCUUUAAAGGUCCAAUGUAGUCAUAUCUCAAUAUCAAAUCAUUUCUGGGUAAAAAUUAAGUACCUUAGUGUGAUUGUUUCUUUUUGACCAUUUUAAUUUAAAACAAAAGUGUUUCUUGGCAAGAGCAGACCAAAACUUCAUCCCACCAAAAGAAGUUGACAUUUCAGGCUGUCUUUUCAAACCGCUCUUACACUAAAAGGGCAUUAUCAUAAUUUGACAGUUUUCAGAGUACUAUUCCAAGCUCAUAGUUUGGAAAUAUUUUUCAAACAAUCACGUUUUUGACUGCACCUGGGCCUUUAACUCAAUGACGUUAGACUACUACCUAUAGUGUAGCUGCUGCCGCCAGAUGGCGCUAUUAUUGCUAACGUCGUUUGUUAGUGGCGAAUAGCGCCUACUAGCGGAUGUCCAGGCUAGCUAUAGUGCUGCAAAUAUCUUUAAACUUAUAAAUUGUCAUUAGUUGUAUUUGUCAUGUCAACGACGAUGCAGGAACUAUUUACUCAUUGCAUAAACAACAAAAACCACCGAGUUUUUAAAAAUUUUCAUACUAAACAAUCUUUGCAGAAAUUGCCGGAAGUCCUGCUCUGCAAUUAUUACGGUUAACCAUGGUGACUCCGUUCUGUCGUUCCGUCCAUUUGCUUUAAAAGACCCUCUGAGUACUUGUCCUAAAACGUUAGCAAACGAGCGGAGCGAUAGGAUCGGAGACAUCAAGGGAUAGCGGAAUCAUUUAAAGACUCGUUGGAGAAUUCGCCAGUGUUGGACUCCCUGGCAAUAUGACGCUAUUUCAUUUCGGGAAUUGCUUUGCCUUGGCUUAUUUCCCCUACUUUAUCACCUACAAGUGCAGUGGACUAUCAGAAUACAAUGCAUUCUGGAGAUGUGUUCAAGCAGGAGCUACCUACCUAUUUGUGCAGUUAUGCAAGAUGCUAUUUCUAGCCACUUUCUUCCCCACAUGGGAGGGAGGAGCUGGUGUGUAUGACUUUGUUGGUGAGUUUAUGAAGGCCACGGUGGACCUAGCAGACCUUCUGGGCCUGCAUCUGGUCAUGUCCAGGAACGCAGGGAAGGGAGAGUACAAGAUCAUGGUGGCAGCGAUGGGAUGGUCCACAGCAGAGCUCAUUAUGUCAAGGUGUAUACCUCUAUGGGUGGGUGCCAGAGGCAUUGAGUUUGACUGGAAGUACAUACAGAUGAGCUUCGACUCCAACAUCAGCCUGGUGCACUAUAUCGCCAUGGCAGCAGUGGUGUGGAUGUUCACGCGGUACGACCUCCCGAAGAGCUUCCGUCUGCCUGUGACUGUACUGCUAGGGCUGUGUGUAUACAAGGCCUUCCUCAUGGAGUUGUUUGUCCAUGUGUUCCUGCUGGGGAGCUGGACAGCCCUCCUGGUGAAGGCGGUGCUCACUGGAUCCAUCUCCCUCUGUUCUCUCUUCCUCUUCGUCACACUGGUGCACAGUAACUGAGACUGGCUGCGACCCCAAACAAAGAGGGUCUUUAACACACACACACACAGGGCCUUUCAACCAGACUUUGCCUGUAAAGAUUAAUUUUGUAUCGCUCAGAAAGAGGGCAGGAAUGUGAGCAUUCAUGAUUUGACUUUUUUUAAUGUUAUGAUACUACUUUUUUAUUUAUGAUUUAUUAUUGUGCUGAAUUAGUACGGUAGAUUAAGUAUUUAUAACAAGUGGAUGAAAGUGGAUGCCUCUUAAGCGUUGUAGUACAGUUACUAAACUACUUUGACAUCUAAGCUGAUGGUACAAUACUGUUGUUACUCUGUGUGCUCACCUGCAUUACUGCAGAUAUGAAAGAGAUUAACUUAAUCUCAUUCGACAUGAUGAAAUACAAAUGUUGGUGCACUUGUCACAUGACUGAAGCAGCAUAAUGGCGUACUUAUGUUGUCGUAAGAUUACAUAAAACAUGGUAGCAGUGGGUUAUCCUACUCUAUGGAAACUUAGUGAGGUGUGAGUGAAUGGCCAAUAAAUGACUUAAUAUGCUA